CUUCAUGAUAAUAAGAAGGCCACCAAACCUCUCUCUCUCUCUAGGCUGUACAUCUUCAGGGUCUCUCUAGUCUCUAGGAGAAUUGCAAGGAAACACCAAAACACUGAAGAAAAAGCUCUAAAUACUUAAUAGCAGUCUGAUUUUCCAGUUAUGGAUGGCAGCCAAAAACAGCUUCAUAUAGUAAUGUUCCCAUGGUUAGCUUAUGGCCACAUCAUGCCAUUUCUUCAAGUCUCCAAGUUCUUAGCUCAAAAGGGUCACAAAAUAUACUAUAUCUCCACACCUAAAAACAUCAGCCGCCUACCGAAGCUUCCUCCAGAUCUCUGCUCCAACAUGAGCUUUAUACAACUUCCCUUGCCUCACGUUCAUGGCCUGCCACCAGGAGCUGAGUCCACCUCCGAUUUACUCAUUCACCAAGUCCCUUUCCUCAAAAAGGCAUAUGACAAACUCGAAACUCAGUUGACUGAGUUCCUCAAAAAGUCAUCACAAGUCAAAUGGAUUAUCCACGAUUUCGCUCCUUACUGGUUGCCGCCUGUGGCUACUCAACGCGGCAUCAACUUAGUUUACUUCAGUAUAUUUUCUGCUUCGACGUUCGCUUUCCUUGGCCCUCCAUCUGAGCUGUUCAAUGGAAACAGACAACGACCAGAAGACUUCACGGUGGCACCAGUGUGGCUGGAUUAUCCUAACAACCUAGCUUUUAAGCUCCAUGAAAUGGUGGGUCACCAGGAGUGUAUGGACUCUGUGUCCGAUUUUCAACGGGUCGGAACAUUGAUUUUAAGUUGCAAAAUUUUGGCUUUGAGGAGCUGCUAUGAGGUCGAAGCUGACGCGCUUCGUGUGCUUAGUAAGAUUCACCGGAAACCUAUUAUUCCGCUUGGAUUAUUGCCGCCAUCAUUGCCAAGUAACGAAGAUAAAGAAAAUGAGAAUUGGGAAGCAACGAAGAAAUGGCUUGAUAGCAAACGAGACAAGUCAGUUUUUUAUGUUGCACUGGGUAGUGAGGUGAAUUUGAGUCAAGAGUUCAUGCACGAGUUGGCAUUUGGGAUAGAGAAAUCCGGGCUGCCAUUUAUUUGGGCUGUCAGAAACCGCCCUUUAGUUGAAGGACAGUUGGUACAGGACAUACUCCCAUCCGGGUUCGAAGAACGAGUUUCAGGUCGGGGACUGCUUUUACGGGGCUGGGCACCUCAACUCAGGGUCUUGACUCACUCCUCAGUUGGUGGUUUCUUGACUCACUGCGGUUGGAGUUCAGUUAUUGAGGCACUCGGAUUUGGUCUGCCUUUGAUAUUAUUCCCCGGUGCGAGUUCGGAUCUUGGGUUGGUUGCCAGGUUGAUGCAUGGCAAAAAGGUUGGGUUGGAAAUAGAAAGAAACGAUCUUGAUGGAUCAUUCACAAGUGACCUGGUGGCUGAGUCUAUUAAGCGAGUCAUGGUGGAUCCCGAGGGGGAGCCACUCAGAGCAAAUGCAUUCGCAGUGAAGGAGAUUUUUGGCAGUGUAGAGCUGAGUAACAAAUACUUGGACGAGUUCACUCGGUCCAUCGAAGAACUUCCACCUUCUGACGCUGAGGUUUGAACGGUAGGCGACACCGUAUAUGCUUGUCUUAUGAUCAUGACAUUUUCCUUCUCCAAACUGCUGAAGAUGCCAAAUGUUAUCAUUCUCAUGGUAUUUAGUAUGCGUAACAAAUAAACCACCUCCACUUCUUGAACGUACAUAGCUCUGCUUGUUGUAGCCUCUAAUACCUCAUCUUUAUUGUAUAAUUAAUGAAAAUCUUUAGAAAUUUUCUUAGCCUA